UGGACCUGGAGGUAAUGAACUUCAUGUCGAGACACGCAUAACUUCUCAGUCAAUAUAAAACCUGAUUCAGCCAAAGAUUCAGCCAUUGUCAUCAGAUAUCUUAUCUAAGCUUGAGCGUAAGCUUAAGCAUACGGUUGGAGAAUCUGAUCUCUCCCUACUCUGCAAUUUAUCCAGCCAUUACGAAAUAGUUCAGGCUCCAACAAGACUCCGAAAUGAAUUCCACCGGCUCGAAAUGGCUGCUUAGCUUGUUGCUUCUGGCUGUCGUAGCAGCAGCAGACGCACAGCUAUACGAAUCAUUCUACGCAGCCAAGUGUCCCCAGGGUCCCGCUAAGGUUGCUGAGGUCGUCAAGUCUUGGAUUGCCAAAGACAGAACACUGGCACCAGCUCUUCUUCGACUGCACUUCCAUGAUUGCUUUGUUCGGGGCUGUGAUGCGUCCGUGUUGCUGAACGGUGCGACGAGCGAGAAGGAAGCCCCUCCAAACAAGGGCUCUCUGCGAGGGUUCAAUGUUAUUGACGAUAUCAAAGCCAAAGUCGAAGCUCUGUGUCCGGGGGUGAUUUCAUGCUCCGACAUUUUGGCACUCGCAGGCAGAGAUGCAAUUGUAGCGAUGGGAGGAACAAACUGGAGUGUGCCACUUGGACGUCGAGAUGGAGUUUUGUCCCUGGCGUCUGAAGCAAACGCAGAUUUGCCCUCCCCCUUCUCAACCUUCGCUUCUUUAGUCAGCAACUUCGGCAAGAAAGGGCUCAGCACUUCUGAUCUCGUUGUCCUGUCAGGCUCGCACACCGUUGGCCUUGCACACUGUGCCGUCAUGCAGCCUCGUCUGUACAACUUUUCGAGCACUGUCAAGACGGACCCAGCUCUGGAUCCCACAUUCGCGACUGCUUUGAAGAAGCUGUGCAAGCAGGGUGACGUAGCCACCUUAAUCAAGAUGGAUCAGAGCAAGGCCGUGGAUACUUGGGAUCCCAACUACUACUCCAACGUCCUUCGAGGAAGAUCCCUCUUCACGUCGGACGAUCAGCUGAAGAGAAACCCCGCAGGUGUGAAGGUUGUGCAGCAAAUGAACAAGGCCCCUUCGCCUUUCAACAAAGCAUUCGGGGACGCCAUGGUCAAGAUGGGCAAGAUUGGCGUGCUCACAGGCACCAACGGCCAGAUUCGCAAGAAAUGCUUUGUGAAGAACUAGACUGCUUCUGAAUUAGCGUCAACAAUUUAGACAACGACGCUGAAGACAAUCCGAGGAAUUCACCGACCGGUUGAGUCGGGCUACCAUUCUGGUACAGCGAGACGGGAGACAAUCUCAAGCCGCAAACACGUCAGAUUGGAGCUUUAAGAUAGAAUUCUUAUCACUCAGACCCUAACCUCACAGAAGUCAAUCGGCGAUGGAGUUCACAUGCCGAUUCUUCGAGUUGAAUCGUUCACUUCGAUUAUUUGAAAGAUGUCUGAAGUGUAGCUGAGUUAGCUGAAGGACUUUUAGACAGUCAUAUUCACCGACAAUAUAUUUUAAGCGUUGCUCCUGAUUCAGAACGCACGCUGAUUCUUUGAUCGUUCUCCCAGUGAGAUCAUCCAAUAAAACAUGCACGGAUCACCAACUCAAAAUUUGUGUUCACAUUGCGACCAAA